CAUUUGUAAAAUCGCGGAGCAAUUACGCGCUAGCUCGAGUAGGUAUGUUUGUUUUCGUAUAAUAUUGUAUUUGUCAUUGUCUGUAUUAAAGGUAGAAGCGCCGUGUAGAAUUUGACGUGAAAAGUCACAAAGAUUUGUUGUUUCAGUCCGCGCGUUUUCAUCAUCAUCAAUCAUGGUGCUCUCGCGGUUUCUGAUCUCGGGGCCAGGCGGUAGUGGCGUUCCAGAUCAUUUGUACGGCGAGGAUACAACCAGCUGCGACGACGGUGGCUCGUCUGCGACAUCGUUGUUCUCGAGCUUCUUUUCCUCUCCCACGACCCCAUCAAUUUCGCACAAGCGUGCGACAAGUGUUCGUCAUGCCACACGACAAUGCCCGUCGAGCUCGAGUUCGUCCUCCUCUUUUCCGGCCCCACCUCUUGCGGGUAGAAUAACCACCACCAGGCAACGACCACAGCGACUCUCCACGACGAGUUUUGUGCUGAGUGAGGCCAUGGACUUUUUCAAAGGCUUUGACCCGAUGUCUUUGCUGAAGCCGCAAAAUUUUUCCGUUUCGCCGCCCUCCGUGAUGGAAGACGGCUUUGGUCCGGACGUGAUGGCCGCCCUGCCCGCCCCGCUGCAGCAAGCCGGCCAGGCCUUACAGAAGCAACUGCCGAUGAAGGACGCUGCGGGGGUAUCAAAAGGAAAAAUCCCCCCUCCCCAUAUCGAAAAGGCAUCCUUUUGAAAAUUUGUGUUGCUGAUUUGUGGUCACAAAUCAGGUUUGUCUUGCAAGAGAGCAAAGCCAGAGCUUUCGCCGCUUUGCGCAGGCGAUUUGUCAUGCUGCUGCACCAACAGGGCAGACGUCUGCCAUGCUGGGCGCCCACCUCUAGCCAGCCCCUUCCAGGCUUUGUAUCUGCCUGCACUCCUAUACUGCAAGACAAAGCUGAUUUGUGGUCACAAAUCAGCAUCACAAAUUUCCGGUUUGAUAUGGGGAGGGGGGAUUUUUCCUUUCGAUAGGGGGGUGCGAAGAACCUGGCCCCCCUCGUCGGCUUCACUCUCGCUGUAUCAAAAGUAAAAAUGUCUGGGUCUGGGAACUUGUGAUGCUGGGUGGCGUCUCAUGAUGAGGCUACAAAUGCUGGCUCAGCAUGACAAGUUUCUGAGCUUCUAGGUGUUGCCUAUUCUGCAUGACAAACUGCGCCUCUGCAUCACAGAAAAACGGAGCUCUUGGGUAACGUGCAUGACAGAGUUAAGAGUCAUGCCAGACAAGCAUGACAAACAUGAAUUCUUCCAGACCCAGACAUUUUUACAGUUGAUACGCUGCCGGGGCGACGGGCGGGGCGUCUGCGUCCACCGUGGGGAUGGUCGCGGGCGAGUCGCUGGGCGUGGACAUGGGCAGCGCGAUCACGAACGGCAUACACGGUGGUGCCGAUUCCUUGAGCGGCCUGGCGGGCGCCGGGAGCGGGAUGCUGACCGACACCUCGAACUUUUUGGACCAGAUCAAGAACCUGAAGUCCAUUUUUGACCCAACGGGACCACGUUUCGACCAUCACAUCCUGAAACCCGCGGAGCUUUCCAAGCUCGAGAACGUGCGGCCGUUCAUCUACCAGCCCUGGAAACUGAUGUUGGGCACGAAGCCCGCGAUGACAUACGACCUAUCGAUAACCCAGUUCUUUAAACUGGUCGGCUCCUGUAUCAAAACCGCACAGGCAAUAUCCUCAGUGAAGUCUGCACCUUCACCUUCAUGAUGAUAGACGGAUAUUGUGAUGUUGCAAACAGGGCAAAGAAGUGAAGUAGUAGCGCGGAAGCGACGUUCCGCUUCCGUUGCAUUGCUUUGCAUGAGGUACUGCAGCCGAAUUUUUUUUUGCACCAGCGCCUGUUCGCAUCAUAAUACAAGUUUUGGGUGAGCAGGGUGAUUUUCUGUGGGAUAGGUGGUGAUCAAGAAAAUUGGCGAGCUGUUGGCCCUGGUCCCGAAGCUGAUUGCCAUGGUAAAAGCCACCUUUAAGAUACUGAAGGUGUUUCUCGACAAUCUCCCAAACCCGUUCCAACUUCUGGAGAUGCUGUUCAAGGCCUUCAGCGAGAUCUGGGACUUUUUUAUGUGGUUCCUCAGCGAGCUCACGCCCGCGGCGGCAACGCUGAUGAUGCAGCUUAUCAAGGCCGCCGUUGGUUUGCUGCGUAUCACGGAAGUGGACAAAUACCCCAUGGACAUCUUCAUCCCGGCGCAGAAGGAUCCGAUCACGGCCGAGGACCGAGAUUGGAUUUUCAUGCGGAAAAAAUACCCGAUAAACGGGCGAGUCAUGGGAGUCAUUGGCGCAGAGAGUAUUGCUAUUUCUUGUUUCAGAAAGAUAGUAUGACGAGAAAGGAUGUUGCCUAUGAGCGAUUUUGAAUGUCACACUAGCUACGCGACUUCCCGCGCUUUUGGUCAUUCACCGCCAAAAAAUAGUCUGCACAGUAUCCUGAAACUUGCACACCAUAACUACAAGAUACGCGCUGCUAAGGGCUGAAUUUGAUGUGCUGUGGUGUCUCUCUUCAUACUUACGUUUGAGUUUGAAACCGUUGUUCUUGCACAAAUGAACAGAGUACGACCCCCUGGACGACCCGCGGCCAGCGAAGCUCAUUCUCGAUCGUGCCGAUAUGGACCUGGAAAAGGCGCGAAGAGCAUAUGCUCGUGCGGAAGAGUAUACCCAGCGAGCCGAUCUUUUUGCCAAGCAAGCACGAGAAGCAGCCAACGCGGUUUUGAAAUUGCAGAAGGAAUCCCUGGACAUCUUCGGAAAACCGCUGGCUGGAAGCGAGCAACAGGGCGCUUCUCCCGAAUCGUCUAGCGCGCUCGGGGUCGCCUUUCUGUAGUGCGGUCCUGUGCCUGUUAGAUGAAAACCACUGUCCGAGGUGGAUCUUUUGGUGAACUUUGUUUCGAUGAUUUUGACGGACCAAGUAGAAUGAAUGAUUUCUGAGCUGACCACCUCCAAUCUGGUAGUAGAAUUGAACGUUUCUGUUUCCUCUAGACAAAUGAUGGUUUUGCGUUUCACGUUCACCUGCACGUAUGAUUGAUUGCUGCACUCCCUGGUCGAUGGACCAAAUUUUACGAAAAGA